AGGUGCGCCCGUCAGACGUCUGCGUUUAUGCGACGAACGGAAUGGCGAGCGGUAAAAAGAAUCUCAUCUGGUCUCUAGCGGAUUAUACUGACGAUUCAGAGCCGGACUCCGACCAAGAACAAGAAGAUACAGGGGGGCGAGGAGUAGCCCUUGUUUAUGGCUAUGGAGAGGACGACCUGAACCGCACCGAGGAUGUGGAAGAGAAAGCAUCUGGAAAUGAAGACAGCCAGGACAGCAACUCGGAUGUGGACGAAUCAGACGAGGGGAGGCACGCAGAUGAUGUGGAGGCAUCAGAAGCUGAGAAGAAGGACCCCAAUGAGCUUGUUGCGCUUUUUUCAGAGAAAGUGAGGAACAUGUCCCCAGAUGAAAUCAGAAUCCCCCCCGAACCUGCCGGACGCUGCUCGAGUCAUCUACAGGAGAAGAUCUUCAAGCUGUAUGAGAGGAGAAUCCACGGAGACUUUGACACAAACAGCCACAUUCAGAAAAAAAAGGAGUUUAGAAACCCGAGUAUUUACGAAAAGCUCAUUCAGUUCUGUGGAAUUGAUGAACUGGGGACCAACUACCCCAAAGACAUGUUUGAUCCACAUGGCUGGUCAGAAGACUCCUAUUAUGAGGCUCUGGCCAAAGCUCAGAAAGUGGAGAUGGACAAGUUGGAGAAGGCCAAGAAGGAGCGAACUAAGAUCGAGUUCGUCACAGGAACUAAGAAAGGCACCAACGCCUCCAGCACAUCCGCCUCCACGACCAGCAGCAGUAGCACCACCACAGCCGCAGACGCCCAGAAGAGGAAAAGCAAGUGGGACUCGGCCAUCCCCGUCACCCUGGCUCAGCCCACCCUCAUCACCACUACAGCGACGCUCCCUGCAGUCGUGUCGGUGACCACCACAGCUAGCGGCACAAAGACCACGGUCAUCUCUGCAGUGGGAACCAUCUUAAAGAAAGCAAAGCAGUGAACUAUUGGACUUUAGGAGCAGAGCUUCUGCUGAGCAAGGACUAACCCAAAUCAUCACCAAGCCAAAGUCUAGUGGUGACAUCUCUAUAUCUGAUGCACAGUUUGUCAAAAGAUGUUUUUAUAUGAGGGAUACAGCUGAUUAUUUAAUACCACUUAAAGUCCUAAACAGACUGGUUGAAAUAUCUAAAAGUGUUUUUUUUCUCGAUUGUUGUAGUUAAAUGUCGUCAGGCUUUCUCUGUCUGCAAACAUUUUCUUUUUUGUGACAUAGUGAACGUUUUUCAGGUAUCCUGUAUUUUUUACACUUCUACAUACGCAUUGUUUGUAAGGAAAUAAAUGAGUCGGAUGCAACUUUUUAAUUUGAAUUUCUUUCUAUGCGAUGUUCCUGAUAAAAGUUGUACAGUUUUACUGUCUGCAGGGAAUAGGAGGCCAUGUUUAAACAGGAAGCGACUCUUCUUUUUUACCUCUUAUUUUGAACACAAACCUGAAUCUAGUCGUUGGACUGCUGGAUUUAAAGCCAGGUGGAGUGUUUGUUACCUAGCUUUAUGUUUACACUCAUUUUAUUACAUCAAUUCAGAUUUAGAGCUUGUGAUUUUAUUUAGAAUGUGUUUUCCUUAGAAACUGGAACUCUGGAUGUCUUACAAGAUUAAAUUCCAUUUAAAGUCGGAAAGUCUGCCUCAGGUGAUCCAAAUCCCGGAUGAGAUCGUAGCCUGGCUGAAUCAUUAAUGCGCAUCAGCUGAAUCAUACACACCUUUGGCUACAAGCUGUGACAGAAGCCAUCCAUUUGGUUCAGGGCAUGAGUGAAUGUUUGCGCUCUGCUUGUACCGUAACGUGUUUUUGCAGAGUCUGGAAUGCAGUACUGUCAAAAAAUUACAAAAAAAAAACCUAAAUCUCCAUCUCGCAGCAGUCAGGUACUCUUUGCUCUGGUGGUUUAGGUGUUAUCACAUGUCUUGCUCUGGAUAAAUCCCCGCCGUGCUAAAGUAAAGGCGAAACAUAAAAC